AAUUUUUUCACAUGCGUGUAAUACUCUUCACAGAUCUCAUAUAAACCCCAAGCUUAUUCCUUACCAGAACAUAACUUGAAAAACCAUAAAAUUGUGUUUGCUUCACUAUAUCUCAUAUUUCCCUUGAGGUUUGUUUGUUCAACAUGGGGGCUAAAUUUUCACGUAUAGCGAAAAGGUUUCUUCCUAAAAGUAAAGUGAGAAUUUUGAUGGUGGGUCUUGAUGGUUCAGGGAAAACUACCAUCCUUUACAAGCUCAAGCUUGGAGAGGUUGUGACAACAGUGCCUACUAUAGGGUUCAACCUGGAGACCGUAGAAUACAAAGGCAUCAAUUUCACUGUAUGGGAUAUAGGAGGCCAAGAGAAGAUUCGCAAACUGUGGAGACACUAUUUUCAGAACGCGCAGGGGCUCAUCUUUGUGGUGGACAGUAGUGACAAUGAAAGGAUGUCAGAAGCUCGAAACGAGCUUCAUCGCAUACUAACCGAUAAUGAACUGGAAGGUGCAUGUGUACUCGUCUUUGCGAACAAGCAAGAUUCAAGAAAUGCUUUACCAGUAGCAGAGGUUGCAAACAAACUUGGUCUGCACAGCCUAUCCAAACGUUGUUGGCUUAUACAAGGAACCUCAGCCAUCUCAGGGCAAGGCUUAUACGAAGGACUCGAAUGGCUAUCCACAACAAUCCCGAGCAAACCCGAACGGUCUACUUCGGUUGGUGGUAGUUUCCGGAAUAAUUCCUAUGAGAGGACGCUAGUACGAGGCCUGAGAUAUUAGAAGGCCUUGAAUACAAAAACUCUGUAUACACAGUCGGAGCGUGCCAAGUACGAGAAGUGUAUUUUUGUGUACUAUAGCUUGUUUGGUACGAAACUGAUGCGUACGAGUAAACAAAAUAGCUGGCUUAUGCGUUUUUUGUAUUUGUAAUUUUAUUAUGGCGUUUUGCUUUCCAUGUUUCUCAAUGAGAACCGUACUUGACUAUACUCAUAUUAUCGAGUGAAUUAAUAAGGUUUUUUGGGUAUCGUACGUUACGUACACCCUUUAUACGAA